AUGGCGAGGCCGGGCCGCGUCUACACGGUCGGCCCCGCUCCCCAGGCAGUGAAUGGCGGGGACGGUCAUUAUCUCUUCGUUGUCUUUACAGCUGAAGCCUGCAAUACCAGCAGGUGCAGUUUUCAGGACCCGCCGUAUCAGAACGCAGACUCAGGAUUUCCUCCAGGCUCAGCCACAGGCCCCAGAGCCCUGAGCUGCUACCGGAUGUUUGGCGCCUGUUACGAAUGUUCCUGGGAGUAUGAGGGCUCCGCGGCUGGAGUCAAGCACUUCCUGAGGGGCUGCCUCAGGCCCGGCCACUGCUGCUACUUCCCUGCGGUCUCGGGCACCAAGCUGCAGUUCUCCGAACAGGACGGGGUACCUGUGCUCGACAACGUCACUCUCUGGGUGGAGUCCCGGGCCGCCAACCGGACAGAGAAGUCGCCCGAGGUCACCUUGAUCCUAUACCGCUCUGUUAAGUACGACCCGCCGCCAGAGGACAUCCAAGUGUCACGCGUAGCAGGGGAGCUGCACCUGCAGUGGGAGACCCCCGCCCGCCAGGAUGGCGCCGAGGUGCAGUUCCGGCGCCGGACGCCUGGCAGUCUGUGGAAGUUGGGUGACUGUGGACCUCAGGAUGAUGCUGGCUUUGAGUCCUGCGGCGGCCCGCUGGAGAGGAACGAGUCCCAGGAAUUCCAGCUCAGGCGCCGGCAGCUGGGGCCCGGCGCCCUGCAAGGUCCCUGGAGCGGCUGGAGCAGCCCCGUGUGUGUCCCCCCUGGUGAGCGUGCCCGGAGCUACAGGAACAGGGGCAGGCCUGAGAAAUACGGCAGCGGCAGGCUGUGGCCCAUGUCACAGGCUGUGGCCACGGGCUCUGCCCUGAUGCUGGCCCAUGAGGACAAUGAACGUGUUCAGAUCCCCACAGGCCGUCUCUCCCACUCCUGACAGCCGUCCCGGCUCCAGCUCCCCGAAGGCUGCCGUGGGCCUGACUCCGGCGCCGAGGUGACCUACGACCUCCACCUGCACAUGCUGUCCUGCCCGUGCAAGCCCCAGGCAGCCAAGACCCUGCGCCUGAAACGAACCCUCAGCCUCUCGGGUGCUGCCUACAACCUGACUGUCGUCUCCCGGAAUCGCUUUGGCCCCGGCCCCAACCAGUCGUGGCACAUUCCCGCCGACACACACCCAGAACCGGGACCUCUGAAUAUCAGUGCCGGAGCCCAUGGGACCACUAUGAGUUGGCCGGCCAAGGCCCCGGGCCUCACAUACUGCAUUGAGUGGCAGCCCCAGGGCCACGACGAGAGCCCUGCCAACUGCAACCUGACUGUGCCCCAGGACCCAGAUUCUUCUGGAACAGGUACCAGGCCUUGGGCCCGAGCUGCCGGGGCGCUGGGGCAGAGGGCGUGCUACCGCGUCACCGUCUCUUCCUCGGCACAGCCCAGGAACCCCACCUCAUGGUCCACCGUCUCGUCCGCCUACCACUUCGGGGGCAAUGCCUCCGAAGCGGGGAGCCCACAGCACGUUUGGGUGAAGGUGCUCGGUCCGGACUCGGUGUCUGUGGACUGGACGCCGUCCCUGCUGAGCCCCUGCCCUGGCGUCCUGAAGACGUACGUGGUACGUUACCGGGAUGAGGACAGCAGCCAGGCGACCGAGCUGCCCGUGAACCCCACAGAGACCCAGGUCACCCUCGUUGGCCUGAGAGCUGGCACAGCCUACAGCGUGCAGGUACGAGCAGACACCGCGACACUGAGGGGCGCCUGGAGCCAGCCCCAGCGCUUCCGCAUAGAUGUCCAGCUUCCGGAGCUGUCCGGUUUGUCCAUCUUCCUCGCCUCCCUGGGGAGCUUCCUGAGCAUCCUCCUCCUGGGUGUCCUCGGGUACUUCAGCCUGAACAGGGCCUUGCCACACCUGUGCCCGCCCCUGCCCACACCCUGCGCCAGCACCGCUGUUGAGUUUCCUGGCGGCCAGGGGAAGCUGGCCUGGCAGUGGACCAGCCCGGCAGACUUCCAGAAGCAGGAGGAAGAGUCCCUGAAGGAGGCCCUGGUGGUGACCAUGCCGUGCGGAAAAGGCGAGGUGGCCGCCCCGCACACACCCAGCCCGCUCCGGGGCCGGACACAACUGCCCUGGGGCACCCUUGAGCCAGCCCUAGACGCAGAGCUGUGCUUGGAGGACAGGAGACAGGGGCAAGGACACCCUGGGGCCGGGGUUCUGGAGCCCAGUGGGCAGCACAGUCUGGAGGGCAGCUCUGCCCAGGCGGCUGGACCGUCCCUGCUCCUGGGAGAUCACAUGCAGAGUCCCAGGUCUGACGGUCCUCGACAUACGGGCCUGGAGGCCUGAAGGGGAAAAGGGAAUGUCCACCUCAUCUUAUGGACAGGACAGAAAGACUGACGAUUAAAGUCACAGCAGCUGGUUAUUAAAUGCUUAUUGCA